AUGGGAUGGGAGGCGGGUUUGGCGGGAUGGGGUAUGGGAUGCCGUAUGGAGGCGGGUUUGGGGAUCCUAAUAUGCCGAGUCUGACGCAGCAGUUGGAGAGCACCACUCAGCAUACCUUUGGACUCCUCCAUUCGAUUGUCCAGACCUUUACCGGUGUCGCGCAGAUGCUUGAGAGCACGUUUAUGGCUACCCAUAGCAGUUUCUUCGCUAUGGUGGGGGUGGUGGACCAGUUUGGCCAGUUGAGGGAUGCGUUGGGAGGCGUGCUGGGGUUGUUUGGGCUGGUUAGGUGGUUGAGGGGGUUGCUCACUGGUCGGAGGAAUGAUGGUGGGUUCGGUGGGGAUUUCAAGCGGUUUGCUAGUGGGGCGCCUCCGCCGCCGCCGAGGCAGCCGAUCAACAAGAAACCGCUUAUUGUGUUCUUGCUUGCGGUGUUGGGGAUUCCGUAUGCGAUGACUAGGCUUAUCAAGCUUCUCAGCGAAAAGGCGCAGAGGGAGCAACAACAACAGCAGCAUGCGAUUCAGGGUCCAUUAGAUCCUGCUAGUCUUACGUUUGCGAGGGCCCUCUAUCCGUUCGAGGCAACGAAUCAGCAGGAGUUGGCAUUGAAGGAGAAUGAGAUCGUGGCGAUCGUAGGUAAAUUGGAUCCGUCGACUGGGGGCGAGGUUGAUCCGAGGGUGAGCGUUGAGACAGAGUGGUGGAAGGGUCGGACGAGGGAUGGGAGAGAGGGAUGGUUCCCUAGAAAAUGGGUCGAGAUUCUCGAACGAAAAGAGAAAAAAGUUGAUUAGAUUUCGUUUUUACUUUUUUUUUAUGUUGUCUGUAUUUUUUAUAAUUCACGAGCCUUGGGCGGUUGUAGCAGUAUGUUUGGCAAUGGCUACAAGUGUGG